AUCACAUGAUAUUACAAAGCAGCCAUCUACUUCCUGUGUAGACUGCUAGCCAAUUCACAUCCAAACGGCUGCAGCGGCUGCGAUUACUGUGUCAUCCAAGAUGCUGGCCCUCAUAAACAGGCUUUUGGACUGGUUCAGGUCUCUCUUUUGGAAAGAGGAGAUGGAGCUUACAUUAGUGGGACUUCAGUACUCCGGAAAAACCACAUUCGUCAAUGUGAUAGCAUCAGGCCAGUUCAGUGAAGACAUGAUUCCCACAGUCGGUUUCAACAUGCGAAAGGUCACUAAAGGCAAUGUGACAAUAAAGAUAUGGGACAUAGGUGGACAGCCCCGCUUCAGAAGCAUGUGGGAGCGCUACUGUAGGGGAGUCAAUGCUAUUGUUUACAUGGUGGAUGCAGCAGACAGAGAGAAGAUAGAAGCUUCCAGAAAUGAAUUGCACAACCUUUUAGACAAACCACAGCUACAAGGAAUUCCCGUUCUAGUACUUGGCAACAAACGAGACCUACCCAACGCACUUGAUGAGAAGCAGCUCAUUGAAAAAAUGAAUCUGUCUGCCAUUCAGGACCGAGAGAUCUGCUGCUACUCGGUCUCCUGCAAAGAGAAAGACAAUAUAGAUAUCACACUGCAGUGGCUCAUCCAGCAUUCAAAGUCACGGAGAAGCUGAAAGUGAAGCUCCCCCAGUUGCAGCUCUGGCCUCAGCCCCCUAAUGGUCAUGGGUUCUUGACAGCCAUCCCUUCCACUGCCCCUGUGAAGUAAUCCAGCUCUCUGCUCACUACCGGCACCACCUGCACCACCUGCACCACCCAGUACACUACCAUAGAUGUGUAGCCCCUGUACAGCACUACCACUACUCCUACUAUCUGGAGUCUUGAAAAGUUGUUUCAGUACUGUGCUAGAAGAUGGAUUGUCCAUACCCAUCAUGCCUUAUCGCCCGUCAUUACGGACAUGUUCUGUGUCUGUGUAAAUCAUGGAGAUUUUUUUUUUUUAAUGGCUUCUGUUCCCUUCGAUAUAAGAAUCUAAUGAUGUUGCAGUUUACUGUUCCCUGGUUACAUUACGAUGGAGUUCUCUAAUCCCACAUUCAAUCAUCUGUUCUGUUGCCUGUCAACAUUUGGUGUUUACGUGACAAAGUCGUGAUUGUAGUUUUUAACAGUUAUUUGCCAAAUGAUGAUGAUUGCUUGCGCUAAUGCCUUCGAUUCCUGAUAAACUCUUAGCAAUGUAGCCUGCAUUUUAUUUGCUGGCAUAUGGAAGUAUCUAUUUUAUUAAGUGACUUAAAUUAAAGUUUGCACAUAACAUAAAGAUGAAUAGAAGGUAAGGCUGUGAGUGGUUGUCUGAGGCAAAAUCCUAAGAUAGGUCAGCAGAGUUUUAAGUGCCUUCGGCUAAGUGAGUGUUCCAAUCAGACAGUUAUUGCCCAAUGCAACUUCUAACCCACUAUUAUAAAUAAGCACUUGGUACAGGCACAGCAUAAAUCCCUUGAUUACACUUAAUACCGGCCCUUGACAAUCUCAUUUUAUGUUUUGAAAUCAUAUAAACACAUUAUGAUGUCUGAGAAAAGACAGUACUGUAUUAACGAUGAAAAAUGAGCAAUGAAGUAAUGGUUGAUAGGGAUGUGAGGUGAAUGAGAAAAUGUUACAUUGUGUUUGGUUGAUGGAUAAUUUGAAUGCUGUUUCACUUGUAGCCUAUCACUCUUAUGUAGCUUGAAAUGUGGGCUAACUUUUGCUUGCAGUUCUCAGGUUGUUAUAGGAUUUUCUAAAAAUUGUCUGAACACCGUAUGGGUGUGCCCAAGUAUCUGUUUCAUAAUCCCUAUUUUGUUCGGGUUAGAUAACAGAAAGCCAAUGUUAGUCAUGAUGACUGAGUUUACGGAGGACAGAAGACAGUCCAUUAGUUCAAAGCAUUGGAUGCUUGAUGUCAUCCAUGCCUUGCCACACCCAUGUCUGAAUCCUGAUGUCUUUUUGUAGAAGACUUAGCAGUCCAAGGACAACGCUGUCUCCUCUAAAAGCGACUUAUUGAUUGACACGUCUUUUCCUUUCAGUGAUAAGACGAUGAUUUCUCACAGGUUUGAUCAAUGUAUAUUAAUCUGCCCCUCGCUUGGCCAGUGCAUCUUGAUCAGUUUAAGUUUUUUUUUUCUUCUUCCUGUGUGUGUGUGAGUGUUGCUGGAUCAGGUUGAGUUAUCUCUUAUGCUACAAUACUGUAUGUAGGCCUACAUGGAUUCUGCAUUUCACUGUAAUGGUGUCUACAAAUCCAUCACGUGCUCACACGUUGUUGUUGGUGAUCGUCGUAAUCCUAAAUGUCGAUUGUUGGGACCACAGCAGCAGUGAGGGGCUGUAAUUUGGGCGACUCUGUGGGUAAUUUGGGGAAAGCUUUGUUACCUGUGUAAUAAUAUAGCCUAUUUGCAAUUUGUAUGUGCAUGUGCUGAACUUAUUCACAUUCAAUUGCAGACUUUGUAAAUAAGAUGUUAGCAUUUUUAUUCCAACAAAUGCUCCUGUAGAUGUCAUGCAUUCUUUCCCUGUGAUUGCUAAUAAAUUUGUUUUUAUUUUUAAGGA